AUGCAGUCGUUCGCUGGUCUGAGCUUCGGGAUGCUUCUCAUUCUCCUCGUUGGGCUGGGUCAGUUCGAGCUCGUCAACGCUCGUGCUGACGUAGUGCACAACUGUCCAUAUGCCGUGUGGUGCGCCAUCGUUGUCGGAUACCAGCCGGACGACCCCACGCCGCAACCCACACGCCCAGCGGUGACCUGGGUCAACCAGCCCGCCGGCGCGCUCUUGACGAGCUACUUCCUCGACUACCCGCCGGACACGGGCGUUGCAAUGAUGUGCACGCGAGACCCCUCGGCCACGACGCCGCUGGUCACGCAGCUCGAAUACGCGUGGGAGCAGGACGAGGGCCAGACGUACUUCGACGUCAGCAACGUGGCGGGCGCCCCCUUCGUCAACGAGGGGUUUCGGAUGGACGUCGACGACCCCGAGGAUCCCACCCUGGCUCUCCGGAGCUGUCACGGCGCCUCCUGUGCGCCCGGGGACACCACCUGCAACGACGUGUACGAGAAGUCCAACGACGACUUUCAGGGCAUGAGGACCUGUUCGGACUCGGUCAAUAUCAACUUGACGUUGUGCUCUGGGUGA